AUGAUUCAACUUCUCUCAGAAACCUUCAAAGAUACACGCAUCACUAUCUUCAUUUUUUAUCUACUACAUCAUAGACUUUGUGAACAACAACGCUGCCACCGAGCUCGACAGCAUCACUGUUGCGUGAUUUCCCAUUUCCGUUCAACAAAAACAGCAAUAUCCCGCUCCAACUUCCUUCAACAACAGCCAUCACCUUCCACAACCAAUGCCCUCCCAGAAUCACCCAUUCCUUCAGAGGUUGGGAAACCACCUAGGCGGGCCAAACGACCAAAGGAAAGCAAGUUUGUUUCACCCAACAAGAAGACUCCAAAAACUUCUAGAAAGGUCAAAAAGGAGGGUGAAGAUUUAAACAAGACAAUGUUUGCCAAUGACAAAGCACUAGAAUGGAAGAAUAGUCAGGAAAUUAUAAACGAAAGUGAUGAUCUUAACAAGCAGUUAGUGGUCUCAAAGGCUGAUUGGAAACCCCAGGACUUGGCACUAAAUCAAGUUGCAUACGAUGAUUCAACCAUGCCAGCACCAGUGUGCUCUUGUACCGGCGUUCUGAGACAGUGCUACAAAUGGGGUAAUGGAGGUUGGCAAUCUGCUUGUUGUACAACCACUUUAUCGGUCAGAGAACCAACAACGACGACUCACAAGUGGAAUCGAUCUCCAUCAAGAAAGCGUCCUGUCGUAGCUGAUGCAAACGUUAGCGGUGGAAAUGAGCGAAGGAUUAAAUCACCGGCUAGAAGACCGUCCCCGUCGCCGGAGAAGAAAAUGAAGAACGGGUCAAGGUUAGUUCGUGGAAGAGAAUAUGGUUCCGUUGCAAACCGUAAAGUCAAUGCAGGUCCAACCGGUGUUCGCCGUGACUCCGAUGAGGGUUCCGGCAGGAGGUCGAGGUCUCCUUCGUGUUCUCGUACAGUUGGAGUGUCGAGUAAAAUAGGUGUCGGAGUUGGUCGGAAACAAGCUCCGGCGAAGAAGAGUGAGAGUGAAGAAGGUGAAGAGAAAAACGACAUCGUUUCGCAGGUAGAGUCAAUUGAAAACCCUCAUGUUUCGAUGGAGUGUUUUAUUUUUCUGUAG